AUGACCAGGCAAGAACAGUUCCUGCGGGAAAUCGUUAGUUCUGUCAGUUUGUCAAGUGAAACGGAGCUACAGGAUAAAUCGGACAGUGAAUUGGAGGACAGCUUACUCGAAGUGAAUGGCGAUGAUUUUCGCCUAGAUAAACAUCAGUCUGAGGUUACCCAGACCCAACCCACGCAGACAACAGACAAAUCUAACGAUGACUCUAAUAUUAAAAAACUCUUUGUAGAGGAUGAUACUAUACUUAGCAGUCCGGAAACCAGCAUUAAUCGGGAUAAUAAUGAAUCUUCUCCAAAACCAACUACACCGCAAGUCGAUGAGAGCUACUAUGAUGAAGUUAGUAGUAUAAGAACACCUGUGAGCAAAAAAGUUCGAUUCAACUCGGAUGCAACAAUUAGUAGAGAAGAAGAAGCACUCAAACAGUCGCAUCCCUGGGACUUCAAAAAUAAAAUCCAUAAGGAAUUCCGUGAACGACUACCGAAUAAUUACGAGAUAAAGAAUUGGAAGCGACCUUCGAAAAAGAUGUUGACGAGCAUUAUGGAGGUAUUGGAGAAUAAUGUGGAGCCAGCUGUCCAGAGCGUGCUAGAUAAAUAUGGGGGAGAAUGUGAACGAGUCGUUGGUCAGAGAGAAAUACAAAGAAUUCAGCAAAAUAAGGAAACUCUUCUCUUUGACCUUAUCAGAAAAAUAAAACAAAAGCUUCGGAAGGCAAAGUUCCCAUCACGAGUAUCAGACCAGGAUAUGGAUAUCGAGUAUAUCUUUGCCAAAAGAAAAUUUAUACAAGAGCGUUAUUCUCGAGAGUUGCAACACUCAGAAGUAAUUGAACAUCAACUAAUGAGGGAGCAAAAGAAGCUUGAGGAUCUGAAGACUUUCGAAACCAAGUUAUCAAAUCGCGGACGAAAGGAAGUUACCUUGCUCAAAGAUCAACUCACACUCAAUCUACAUCCAGUAUUAAACAAGGCGGUUGUGAACUCAUUCGGUCUGAUUGCAGAUCAAACUGCAAACAAUCAUCGCUUUGAAAAAGACGUUCAAAACCUGAAUCUAGAGGAUAGCCUUCGAGAAGGCCCUACUGAUAUAUCAAAUGAGGACCAGAGCAAAGAUAGUUUGCUACAAAGAUAUCUACCAUCCUUCAAAUCUUAUGAAGAAGCUAAUAAUCAACUUCAAGACUGCAUUCAUAAUCACAUUGAGAUAAAUACAGACGCAUUAGAGUGGCAGCAUACAAGUAAAAAUGAUGGUUAG